AUGGGUGAGGAGAUGGGCAAGGCCUGGAAAGGGCAAGGCGGAGGAAUUCAAGGCGCUGCGACGGCCGUGGGGGAUAUGGUUGCCGAAGAGACGAAGAGUAGUGGGCAGAAGAAAGGGGAUGCUGCGAAUUUGUCGUUGAAUGAGUUUUCCAAAGGGACGAAGAGGAGUGGUGAUACGGUGCAGGGAACUGGAAUUGAUGCUGGGAAACAAGUUGAGAAUCAGGAGAGUGGGAGUGCGGACCAUUUGGGUAUGGGAAUGAGGAAGGCUGCUUGA